CAAAAUUUGAGCAGAGAUUAAAACCCCAGUGGACCUUCUGUCAGCCGUCAUGUUCCCGUUGUUUGCCUUGUCCGAGGAGCGAAUAGGGCAUUUGGGAGAAGCAGCCGGAGAAGAGGAAGAAUAAAUAGAUACAAUACUAUUGUCGGGAACAAUCACUAGGUUAUUUAGAUUCCUGACAAUGUGGACGCUUUACCUAAUUUGGUCGAAUCUACUCGGAGGGGUUGCUUAUUUUUUAGUGGACUGGAUGGCAUUAGUUUGAGAUAUUGCGCAUCACCGUUCUUCUAAGUUGGUUGCAGAAAGGGGAAAUCAACAUUUAGCUGUUAUGGCUGCAUUGAAUCCAAUAGACAUUAGUUCAUCAGAUAGUGAAAGUUGGGAUCUGGAUGAUUAUAGAGACUUGGAUGAAUCACCUCCAAGGGAAUCUGCUACAUCUGCCAAUUCCACCAAUUCCACGAUUCUUCCAUCAUGGUCACCUGCACCUUUCACCAAUGCGAUGGAUUAUCAAAAACAUUCCUUUCAACAAGCUUUGAAGAAGGCACUUCCGACAUCCCUUCAGCCAUCUGGGUCUAAUGCCAAAUCAAGCAAUUUAGUAGAGAAUGUGGAAAGCAGUCGGAUCCGCGAAACAUAUGAAAAGUCUUACCAUUCCACGCGGCCAAAUUUAGGCAAUGGCAAGAACUACAUGAGAGAAAAUUUCGGUAGGGGCAGGAAUGGUGAUCUAGUUAUAUAUGAAAACAAUGGAAGUACAGUACUUCCUCCAUCUCUGAUGCACGGGAGACAUGUAUCAACUACUCCUUAUGCCAGUUCGAGUGAUCCACUAUACCGUCCUGGAGUAGGUGAUGAUAGGGUUGCUGAAACUGAUGAGAGACUAAUUUAUCAAGCAGCUCUACAGGUAUUUCUCACUGCUCUGGAUAGCUAA